AUGGAUAGUCUAUGGGGUACCCAAACCCGUCCACGGACGGGUUUGGACGGCUUUGGACAUGGGCGGCCCGACGGGGAUCUCAAGGCCGCAUUGCAAAAGGUACUCGACGACAGCUUCACCGACGACGAGAGAUCGCAGAUCAAGGCCGAGAUCACAAUUGUGCCUUCAUGUUAUGAAAGUGACACGCAGAGGGUGGCGCUGGUGCAGUUUCGCGGUGGGGUGCCUCAGUUCCUCGGUGAGCUAAGAAUCGACCCUCUUGGCGCCUGGCAGGUUGAAAUGGGAGACGAUGACAUCAACUUUGACUCUCACUUCUUUGGAUUCACGCAGCUCUACGCGCCGGAUGAGAAUGAGCCAGUGGUUGCCGACAUCAUGGCCAUCGCCGGACUAGAUAGACAUACGUACGGAUCGUGGCUGUCGAGCCACGGAAUCGACACGAUCCUCGACUAUGGGCGAGAGCUAAUGGAGGAGAUCAAGAAGAUCCGAAACAUCAAGGAGGAAGACCACCCUGCGAUCACGUCGCUAUAUCGAGCCACGUACGGCAUGAUCCUCUUUACUAUCCCGCAUAAAGGAUUGGUGAUAGAUGAUAUCCAGCAGAUGCUAGCCGGUGAUAAGAGCCACCCGCGAGGGCAACUACUACAUCAAAUCUCUAGCAAAUCGGACCUGCUAGUCCACCAGCUGGCAGAUUUCAAAAAUCUAAUCCGAGAUCGAAAAGUGGUCAGCUUCUACGAGACGGAGCAGACAAGACGGUUAGACUUAGAAAGCGGACGAUGGAAACGCACUAGAGACUUUAUAACGAUAGCGGGGGCAGACUCGGCUCUUCUCCAGCUCCCCGACCAUAUAGAGGACAAGGUGCCGCUACAUGCUAAUCACUCGAUAAUCGUCAAAUUCGACACGCGCAACGCGGCCGGGUAUCGCACGGUGCUCGAUAAAUUGCGGGUGUUUUCGCGAUCUAACGGAACUGUUUCAGCGCAGACGCGUCCAAAGCCUCAGCCGUGCUCCACGGUGCCUUUUAAGAAGGAUCCGAUGUUUGUGGGCCGUGAAGCUAUCAUCAGUGCGAUCAAGGAUAGACAUAAGGAGAUCGGCCAGACUCAUGAGCGAGUGGCAUUAGUGGGGUUGGCCGGCGUCGGCAAAACCCAGAUAGCUAUUGAGUAUUCUUAUCGCGUUCGAGAAUCAACUCCGGACACGUGGGCCGCGCAUGGAUCAAUCCUGGUCAUAUCUCGAAAUGGCCUUGCGGCACGGAAUCUGGUGGGGGACCAUGCCCAUGUGAUCACAGUACAGCCAAUGAAUGAAGAAGAUUCAAUCGUCCUUCUACGUGCUAGAAUUCCGGGCGCCCAAUCUGGAGAGUCUAGAGAGGACGAGAAGGCCCUGGUCCAGGCGCUUGAGUUUGUUCCGCUAGCAAUCACGCAGGCAGGAUCCUAUAUUGCUAAUCGACCAUCUCGUGUGACUAUCUCCAGGUACCUUCAGUUGUUCCGUGAGAGCGAGUCUAACCAGGCCCAUCUUCUGCAGCAUAAGGACGCUAAAGACCUACGGCGGGACCCUAGUAUUCGGCAUGCGGUUGUUACGACAUGGCAGCUGUCAUUUGAUCAAAUACGUCAUGACCGGCCUGUAGCGACGAAUUUACUAGCGUUGAUGAGUAUGUUUGAUCGAGAGGGUAUCCUAGAAGGCCUCAUCCGUGGCGAUAGUGAUGAAGUCCAGUUUGAAGAUGCAGUUGCGCCAUUGAUCAGUUAUUCUCUUGUUAGAGUUAAACUUGAAACAGCGUCAUUUGAUAUGCAUCGACUGGUACAGUUAUCGGUCCGGACAUGGCUUGAGAUCCACCUCGAGCUGGCACGGUGCGUUAGUAAUCUUGGCUCGGUGCUGUUCAGUGUCAAUAAUCUCGGCCUAGUACUUAAUAACCUAGGAAAGCACCAAGAGGCGGAAACGAUGCAUCGACGUGUAUUGGAGGUACGAGAGAAGACUCUUGGCUGCGAGCAUACCGACACUCUUAGCAGUGUCAGUAACCUAGGGAAUGUGCUCUAUAGGCAAGAAAAAUUUGAAGAGGCAGAAGCGAUGUAUCGACGGGCGUUAAGAGGGAGUGAGAAAGUGCUUGGACGCGAGCAUCCUGAUAUGCUCACCUGCGUUAAUAAUCUUGGCCUAGUCCUAGAUAACAGAGGCAAGCACCAGGAGGCGGAAGCGAUGCAUCGACGGGCGUUGGAGACACGAGAGAAGGUUCUUAGGCGCGAGCAUCCUGACACACUCACCGGUGUCAAUAACCUUGGCAAUGUGCUCUCCAGCUAA